AUGGCAGAUUUUGAUUUACCUAGUUUUCUAGAGGAAUAUCAAAGAUAUUCUUGUUUAUGGUUUAAGAAGGAAGUAAAUUAUAAACUGCGCCACAAACACGAUGCUGCUGAGGAAGCCCUACUUGCUUUUACUAAAUUAAAAACUAUUAAAGAACUGAGGCAAAAGAUGAGGAGUAUUAGAUGUACAUAUAAUCAAGAGAAGGCUAAAGUAAGAUCAUCCAUGGUGACAGGGUCUGGUAAACAUGAUGUUUACGUACCAAAAUUAAGUUGGUUUACAUUUUCUGACAGCUUUUUGAACAAAAAUAACGAUGGAGAGAGAGAAUCUGAUUCAAAUUUGUUAAGUUUUAUUUUAAUAAUAUAA